AUGCCAACAGUUCUGGGUGCAGUGGCAGACCUGGUGGCCGGCAGACGUCGCGCAUACUGGGAUCCCUGCCGGCCCUCCACAGUUGGUCAAAAAUGUGGUCGUUUGCUGUGUGCAUCAGAGGAUGUGGAGUGGUACGCCAAAGUGAGAGUCCGGCCGUGCCAGCCACCUGCGCCCUCCCCCGCCUCCGGUCUUCUUGACUGUGUCUGGACAUAUGGUCCAGCUGAGGAGGAGGAGGAGGAGGAGGAGGAGGAGGAGGAGUGA